CGGUGACGUCCCAAGCAGCCCUCCGUCGGCCUACAGCAAAUCAGCGCUCUUCGUGCAGGCCCUGAUGGCCCACCAGGUUGAAAUUUUGCUGUUCUCGCAUUUACGAUUCACCGUCGAGGAUUUCAAAAAGAAGAAUUAUUCGGCUUUGCCCUUCUUCUGCUUAUCUCCCAUCUUUGCAGGAGCCUUGUCCGUGACGUUCAGGAUUUAGAAUCCGAAGGCAACUUUUUUCCCCUAAUCGAUAAGGGCUCGUCCAAAACCCCCACUUCCACUCGAGUCGUUUCGCCCCUCUACUCUCCGCCCCGCCAGGCGCUCCACUUCAGUCUCUUUUUGCAUUUCUUUGCCUUCAAUCUCUUCGACCAAGUUUGUUACGGGUCGUCCUUUCAUCACUCGAUCCUCUCAUCUCUCUCCCCCCUCCAUCCCCUCGCUCCUCCUCCUCUCGCCUCGCCCUCUUUCUCUCUUCACAUUCAAAACCGCCGAUAUGGUUUCUGCCUCCAAGAAGGAGGAUGAUGCCACCGUCGAGGUCGAUGCCAACGGUGACGAGCAGCCCGCCACCACCGAAGCUAAGAUGAAGGACAUUGCGAACCUCACCGCACAGAUGGACAAGCACGGUCUUUCCGAUCGUGUCACUACCGGUGUGCUUUCGUCUCUGCCCGCCUCCCGCGACGUCAAGAUCACUUCCGCCUCCCUGGUGUUCCACGGCAAGGUCCUCUUCACUGAUUCCACCCUCGAGCUGAACUUCGGUCGUCGUUACGGUCUGCUCGGUGAGAACGGUUGCGGAAAGUCUACUCUCCUCAAGGCUAUUGCCACCCGCGAGUUCCCCUUCCCCGAGCACAUCGAUCUGUACCUUUUGAACGAGGGUGCUCCUCCCUCUGAUAAGGGUGCCCUUGAGUGGGUUGUUGAUGAGGCUCAGGCUCAGCUUGACGCGAUGGAGAAGAAGGCCGAGGAGAUUCUUGAGCAGGACGGUCCCGACAGCCCUAUCCUCGAGGAUCUUUACGACCGUAUGGACAAGAUGGACCCCUCCACCUUCCACACUCGUGCCUCUCUGAUCCUGACUGGUCUCGGUUUCAACAAGGUUACCAUUCACAAGAAGACCAAGGAUAUGUCCGGUGGUUGGCGUAUGCGUGUGGCCCUCGCUAAGGCCCUCUUCGUCAAGCCCUCGCUGCUGCUGCUCGAUGACCCCACUGCUCACUUGGAUCUCGAGGCCUGUGUGUGGCUGGAGGAGUACCUCAAGAAGUGGGACCGAACUUUCAUCCUGGUCUCUCACUCCAUGGAUUUCCUGAACGGUGUCUGCACCAACAUGAUCGACAUGCGCAUGAAGCAACUCCUCUACUACGGUGGUAACUACGAUUCUUAUCACAAGACUCGUUCCGAGCAGGAGGUCAACCAGAUGAAGGCCUACACCAAGCAGCAGGAAGAAAUUUCUCACAUUAAGAAGUUCAUUGCCUCCGCCGGUACCUAUGCCAACUUGGUCCGUCAGGCCAAGUCCCGCCAGAAGAUUCUCGACAAGAUGGAGGCCGAUGGUUUCAUCCAGCCCGUCGUCCCCGAUCGUGUCUUCACUUUCCGUUUCGCCGAUGUUGAGAAGCUCCCCCCUCCCGUCCUGUCUUUCGACGAUGUCAGCUUCUCCUACUCUGGCAACUGGGAUGACACCCUCUAUGAGCACCUCGACCUUGGUGUCGACAUGGACUCCCGUACCGCCCUGGUCGGCCCCAACGGUGUUGGCAAGUCCACCCUGCUGCGUCUGAUGACCGGCAAGCUGAGCCCCAUCGGUGGUACCGUCAGCCGUCACACUCACUUGAAGCUUGGUGUCUACUCCCAGCACUCUGCUGAGCAGCUCGACCUGACCAAGUCUUCUCUCGAGUUCGUCCGUGACAAGUUCCCCGAGAAGUCUCAGGACUACCAGUACUGGCGCCAGCAGCUCGGCCGCUACGGUCUGUCUGGUGAGUCUCAGACCGCCAUCAUGGGCACCCUCUCCGAGGGCCAGAAGAGCCGUAUCGUCUUCGCCCUGCUCGCUAUCGAGUCCCCCAACAUGAUCCUGCUUGACGAGCCUACCAACGGUCUUGAUAUUCCCACCAUCGACUCCCUGGCUGAUGCCAUCAACGCCUACAACGGUGGUGUCGUCGUCGUCUCCCACGACUUCCGUCUGUUGGACAAGAUUGCCAAGGACAUCUUGGUCUGCGAGAACAAGACCGUCCGUCGCUGGGACGGCAGCAUUGGCCAGUACAAGAAGUACCUGCGUGACAAGAUGAUCUCUGCCGGUGCUGUCUAAGCGCUUCGCUUCAAUCUUCUGUUCCACUCCAACCCCCUUUCCUAUCUCUGAUGACGAUGAAAUGCUAGACGUGAAUUGAGGGAAUUGCAAUUGCCCGCGCUAUAAAAAGUUGGAUUGAUUUUUAGACCGGGCCGUUGCCCGCUUUCCCGUUCCUGCUCCUGCUCCUAGCCCCCCCCCCCUCUCCCAUGGGGCAGGUGGAUACAGGAUCAUGGUUUCUUGUUCAUCCUCCAUUUUUUCUUUUUCUUAUCUUCGUUGUUGUUCCCACUGCUUGCUGUCAUGAAACUCAUUCCCCCUCGACACCAUAGCGGAUACCCCCCGCUGGAUUGUCGAAUCUUUUCCUUGUAUCUUUUUUGUUACUUCCGCCCGCUUCGCGGAAUGCAUCUUGUUCGAUAGAGAGUCUAGUCUAGUUGCUUCUGAUUGAGGCCCAGGUCUUAUAGAUCUGUCAAAUGACUAGUUCUUGUCCGCGCCCAAUUAUUGUCUAGCUUGCCUCGCCUUCUCUAGCUUGUAAACCUCGUCCGUAAAGCCUAUGGCUACAGUAAGCGCGAAGACAAGAGUAGGUGGUUUGAUAUAAAUUGAUAUUAUCUUUUUUGGCAAGAUUUCGCCAAACUGAUGCUCAUUCGACCUUUAGACUUGCAUCCAUCUAUGAAGCAACUCUGAAGGACCCAUCAUCAAUGCUUCGUCCGGUCCGCCACCAACUCCGGCCCAAACAAGUCCGGCGGUCCCCGUUGCUUCUGCUCCAUCUCCAACUUCCUCUUCUUCGCCAACCUCUCAGUCUCACUCUCCGAGGUAACCGUCCCCGCAUCACCCGCGGGCGUCGACCUCGGCACCGCAGAAUCACGCUUUAAAUUAACCUUCUCCGGAUUCUGGCAAUGAUACAACUUCUUCGCAAUCCGCUUGAGACUCUUCAUCUGAUCCGGGUCCGACGAGAGAGGCGUGUACGAUUGCAAAAGGGCGCCACAGUCCGUGAGCACUUUGAAUAACUUUGUGCGGAGCUCGUAGAGCGGGUUCUGGAGGUCUGACGGAUUUGCCGUGGUUGCGUCGAGGGGGCCGCCGAGUUUGGUUUCGAGAUAGAAUUCGGCGAGGGGUUUGUCUGCGAGGAGGAAGGCUGCUAGCCAGAUUUGUGAGGGUGUGUAGAGGAAGUACGCGUCCGUCAUUUGCGCGGCGGAUUUGAGGAGUUCACGCGUAGCACCGUGUGCGCGGCCAAUUCGGUCUGUGAUGGAUGUGCUGGCCACCGGUGGCGGUGCUAGCGAGAGAAGUCCUUGUUUGAGGCUUUCCGGGGUAUGGUGUGGUAGAUGGGGUGCCGGUUUACCCUGGCCUUGGGCAAUGGCUGAGAGUUCCAUGACGCCGCCUUCGAGGCCGCGGAAGGGGUGGCGGACGUCGAGUGUGAAGCGCAGGCCUUGCAUGAGCAAGAAUUCCGGGGCGAUGACAUCGUCGGCUGUCGUGUCGCCGGGGAUACCUUCGGCGAAUUGCCGGAGGGACAUGUAGUAGUUGUCUGUCUUUGUGGCGACGAAGAGGGCACAGGCCAUGAUGGAUUUGGGGUGGUAGGUCAUUGGGGAAUUUGUGAGGUAGAAACGGCGGAG